AUGGAUGGCAUUCUGUCGACCGGGGUAUCGACAGUCCAACUGCCCCCGGCGACAGGAUUUCCAGCAGCAUCUUCACUCCCCAAUACGUAUAGCCUGCUGUCCUUAUUGAUCGGAUCGCAAGAAGACUCUGAUGGAGAUGGAGGACAUCAGGCCCAAAGAUGGUCAUCAUUUAUCGGAAUAAUCGUGGCGAUAUGUGGGAAUAUUCUCAUAUCAUUUGCGCUGAACAUCCAACGAUAUGCGCACGUACGUAUCGAACGAGAAGCUGAAGGGGAACGAGUUCGCAUGCGUUCUCGGAGGCAUGUAUCGACAAGCACUUACGGCUCCACCGAUGUUCCAUACAGAGAUGACCCUGGCGAUAAUAGUAACGAAACUUUUGGGGCUACACAAAAUGGGAGAGAGCGUUCAGACGACCAGGAUCGAUCUUAUCAAGAUUAUGAUACGGAAAAUGAAGACCCUGAUAUGCAGCAAUCUAUUCUCUCCGAUCAAACAGUCAGGCCAGGUGACAAGGACCUGGCAGAAACAUACCGAGCCAACUAUCUCCACUCACCGUAUUGGUGGGCAGGCAUCGUCUUAAUGACACUUGGAGAAAUGGGUAAUUUUCUCGCUUAUGGGUUUGCACCAGCUUCAAUUGUGUCGCCCUUAGGAGUCGUCGCAUUGAUAUCAAACUGCGUGAUUGCCCCCUUCAUGUUGAAGGAAAAAUUCCGGCAGCAAGACCUGUGGGGGGUUCUUAUUGCUAUUACUGGCGCCGUCGUCGUGGUAUUAAGCGCAGAGACCUCUGAAACGAAAAUAGGACCACAUGAAAUCUGGGUCAUGAUAACCAAAUGGGAAUUUGAACUAUACCUAGGGCUAACUGCUGCCUUGAUCAUUACCCUCAUGUGUCUGAGUGGGAAAUAUGGGAAUCGUACUAUCUUGAUCGACUUGGGCUUAGUCGGCCUUUUCGGUGGAUAUACCGCACUCUCGACUAAAGGCGUGGCUUCGUUACUGUCCUUUACGCUUUGGCACGUCAUUACUUUCCCGAUUUCCUAUUUACUUGCUGCGGUUCUCAUUUGUAGUGCAUUGAUGCAAAUACGCUAUAUCAAUCGUGCUUUGCAACGAUUCGACUCAACACAGGUUAUCCCAACCCAAUUUGUUCUAUUUACCCUUGCUGUCAUUAUUGGAAGCGCCGUUUUGUAUCGCGAUUUUGAGUCCACUACAAAGUCUCGUGCUAUGAAAUUUGUGGGCGGGUGCGCUCUAACUUUUCUUGGGGUUUAUUUCAUCACCAGCGGCCGAAGCCGCAACGAAGAUGAAUACUCAGAAGGAGAAGAAGAGGAUGAAGAGGCGGAAGUUGGUUUCGUGAAUGGCCAACGAUAUCGGGAUACAGAGGACGAGCCUCGAGCACUCGACCAACAUAUGCGAAAACCAGGCGAUACUGCCCUUGAAAACCGACAUCAAUCCCGAUCCACGCGCGCUUCCUUCCAAAGCGCAAGUUCAGAGGGUGACGAUCUGAACACACCAAAGGGCCUCCUCUCACCAGCCGGCUCAGAUAACGAGGAAUCAAUAUCCGAGGAUUCUCUCUCUCAAGACCUUGCUUCAUCACCACCUCAACCUCAAUCUCUCAUUGACAAUCCUUGGGACUCACCCGAAGGCACCCUUAAGACCACGAUAUCAGAUCCACUUGUACAUAAAAGCAUACCAACUACACCUCCAGGGAGCCAAACACGCGUGGCGCAAUUCUCCCCCAUUUUAUUUCGCUUCCCUGUCGCCCCUUCUCCUGAGGAUGCAGGACAAAAUUCCGAUACCCACAGCCAUCCAGCACGUUCCCCUCAGCCUUCGGCUGACAUAAGGACGCCUGAAAAUCGACGCCGCAGUACUCCUCGCACUCCACAGUCUAGCGUCAGAAACUCGGUCCAGCUACGACUAACCCCUGCUCCCCUUAUUGCUCCUUUGUCUUCCACUCUAUCUGCUGUAGUUGCAGACUCUCUCAGACGUGGUGAAGGCAGUCCAGGUCGACACCAGCGCAGCAAAUCUGUUAGAGUUAGGAGACUGGGUUCUGCCCCUCUGAUUGUUGGGGAAACAAAUGGUGAUAGCGGUGAAAAUGGGUAUGAUACUGAGUACUCAGUUGAUGGUCGUCAUGUCCAUUCUAGUGCUGUCACGGUAACCCCUGGUUCGUCUCGAGUUAAUUCAAACCGAGAAGUACCUAGGGUAAACACAACGGCUGCUGAUGCUAUUCAGAUCAAUACAAAGGCUGACGCUGACACGUCGACCAAACGAUUGCGCAGUUUCAGCGAUUCACUAAGCGGCGGCCUGGCAUGGCUUGGAGGAACUCUUCGCCGCCCCAGGAAAUCGGAAGGCGUGGUUCCAACGCAAUCAGGGGGGAACGAGUCUUCGGAGGGAGACGAUUCUUGA